CGCCGCGCCUGCGCAGGAAGGGCGGAUCAUCGCGCGGGUGCAGUGCGGCGGUCACAGGCUGACUGCUGUGGGACGAACCUCACUUCCCUUAGUGUUGGCCGGGGAGAAGGAACGAUGGUGCUGGAUCUGGAUUUGUUUCGGGUGGAUAAGGGGGGGGACCCAGCGCUCAUCCGAGAGUCGCAGGAGAAGCGCUUCAAGGACCCGGGACUGGUGGACCAGCUGGUGAAGGCAGACAGCGAGUGGCGACGAUGCAGAUUUCGGGCAGACAACUUGAACAAGCUGAAGAACCUAUGCAGCAAGACAAUUGGAGAGAAAAUGAAGAAAAAAGAGCCAGUGGGAAAUGAUGAAUCCAUUCCAGAAGAUGUAUUAAAUCUCGAUGACCUCACUGCAGACACUUUAACUAACCUGAAAGUCUCUCAGAUCAAAAAAGUCCGGCUUCUCAUCGACGAAGCCAUCCUGAAGUGUGACGCCGAGCGGAUGAAGCUGGAAGCUGAGCGGUUUGAGAACCUUCGCGAGAUCGGGAACCUCUUGCACCCGUCCGUGCCCAUCAGCAAUGACGAGGAUGCCGACAACAAAGUAGAGAGGAUUUGGGGUGAUUGUACUGUCAGGAAGAAGUACUCUCACGUGGACCUGGUGGUGAUGGUAGAUGGCUUUGAAGGCGAAAAGGGGGCCGUGGUGGCUGGCAGUCGAGGGUACUUCCUGAAGGGGGUCCUGGUAUUCCUGGAACAAGCACUCAUCCAGUUUGCCCUUCGGACCUUGGGAAGUCGGGGCUACACUCCCAUUUAUACCCCCUUCUUCAUGAGGAAGGAGGUCAUGCAGGAAGUGGCACAGCUCAGCCAGUUUGAUGAAGAACUUUAUAAGGUGAUUGGCAAAGGCAGUGAAAAGUCUGAUGAUAACUCCUAUGAGGAGAAAUAUCUGAUUGCUACCUCUGAACAACCCAUUGCUGCUCUCCACCGGGACGAGUGGCUUCGGCCAGAGGACUUGCCAAUCAAGUAUGCCGGCCUGUCCACCUGCUUUCGCCAGGAGGUGGGCUCCCAUGGCCGUGACACCCGUGGCAUCUUUAGAGUCCAUCAGUUUGAGAAGAUAGAGCAGUUUGUCUACUCCUCGCCACACGACAACAAGUCCUGGGAGAUGUUUGAGGAGAUGAUCACCACCGCGGAGGAGUUCUACCAGUCUCUGGGGAUCCCUUACCACAUCGUGAAUAUCGUCUCAGGUUCUUUGAAUCAUGCUGCCAGUAAGAAGCUUGACCUGGAGGCCUGGUUUCCGGGCUCGGGCGCCUUCCGUGAGUUAGUCUCCUGUUCUAACUGCACAGACUAUCAGGCUCGCCGGCUCCGAAUCCGAUAUGGGCAGACCAAGAAGAUGAUGGACAAGGUGGAGUUUGUCCACAUGCUCAAUGCCACCAUGUGCGCCACAACCCGCACCAUCUGUGCCAUCCUGGAGAACUACCAGACAGAGAAGGGCAUCCUCGUGCCUGAGAAAUUGAAGGAAUUCAUGCCGCCAGGUCUCCAAGAACUGAUCCCCUUUGUGAAGGCUGCGCCUAUCGACCAGGAGCCCUCGAAGAAGCAAAAGAAGCAGCAUGAGGGCAGCAAGAAGAAAGGGGCAGCGAGAGAUGUUGCCCUGGAAAGCCAGCUGCAGAACAUGGAGGUCACUGAUGCCUGAACAUGCCCUUGUCCCCUCCACCAGGCUUCCAUUGCCUCAGGUGCAAUAUCAGAGCCUGCCCACAGGCAGGGACGCCCAGCACGCAUGCAUCGCCCACCCUGUCUGACUGCAUUACUCAAAGGGGAACCAUCUGCCACAUAGUGCAACGUUCUCUUUUCUCAUUUGGGCAUAGGAUUCAUCACCAGUGACUGAUGAAACCAUGUAAUAAAGCAUCUCUGAGGGAG